AUGAAUAGCUCACUCAUGUGGAAUAUUAGGUCUGUUAAUACUCAACAGGCCUUUGAGAGAGUAGUUUUGAUGCACAGACAAAAGAAUUUCAAUUUUAUAGCAUUGAUGGAACCAUUUCAGCACCACAGACACAUAGAUAUGUAUAGAUUAUGGCUGGGCAUGGGCACUGCCUGGCACAACAUAACUGGUAAGAUUUGGGUGUUUGUUAACGAAGAAUUUCAAGCAGAGGUCACAAAAGACAAUGAACAACUUCUUGCUUUGAAGUUGACUCAUCUAGAUUCUAAUCAGGAGAUCAUUGUUACUUCUAUAUAUGCCAGUACAGAAAGGGCAAAUAGAAUCACUCUGUGGGAUGAAUUAUAUGAUAUGGCCUAUACCAUUAACUCACCAUGGAUUAUAGGAGGUGAUUUUAAUGUCAUUUUGGAUGAAGCAGAGAAGUAUGGAGGUCUGCCAGUGAAUUUUCCUGAAGUAGAGGACUUUGCACAUUGUUUGAAUAUAUGUCAAGUAGCAGAUUUGGGAUUCUAUGGAAGCAUUUACACUUGGUGGAAUGGAAGAUCUGAUGAAGCUUGUAUUUUUAAGAGACUAGACAGAUGUUUAGGGAAUCAAGCUUUCCAGGAUACAUUCCCCAAUUUUGAAGUGGAACAUUUAAUUAAACAAGGAUCAGAUCAUUCGCCACUUCUUCUAACUUUCAAAGCAGAUACCAGAGUCAUUAAGAAGCCUUUUAGAUUUCUUAACUUCUGGAUAGAGCAGGAGAGCUUUCUGGAAACAGUCAAAGUGAAUUGGGAAGAACAAUAUUGUUAUGAUCCUUUUUUCAACUUUCAUAAUAAGAUGAAAAAGGUGAGUAGAGCUUUGACUAAGUGGAGCAAAGAAACCUUUGGGGAUAUUUUUAAACAGGUGGCUACCCUAGAAGAAAUUGUCAAAGUACAUGAAGCUGUUUUUGAAGAAAAUCCAUCCCAAGAGAAUAGGACAAGACUACAAAAUGUGUAG